GUCCAACGACUUUGGGAACCUGGGAGCAAGAACCCAGAGGGAGGGGAGAGGAUAGGCGGACAGAGGAGCAGGCUGGAGGUCGGACAGGCAGCCGGAUUCAGGUCUGUGGCAUGAAGCUGCUGCCCAGCUGGAGAUCGGUGCUACCCAUGGGCCCUUCACGUAGGGCCUGGCCAUGGACACAGCAACCCACAAGAACUGCUCGAAACUGUGCCCCAAAGAUGAGGGCCCAGGAGGACGCUGAGGGCCAGACACAGCAUGAGCCCACCAGGGACCUCCCGGUGCCCUCACUCACAGAGCCCAAGUCUGAUAUGUUGUACAAGAUUGAGGACGUGCCGCCUUGGUACCUCUGCAUCCUGCUGGGCUUCCAGCAUUACCUGACAUGCUUCAGCGGCACCAUUGCCGUGCCCUUCCUCCUGGCGGAGGCGCUGUGUGUGGGCCGUGAUCAGCACAUGGUCAGUCAGCUCAUCGGCACCAUCUUCACGUGCGUGGGCAUCACCACCCUCAUCCAGACCACGCUGGGCAUCCGGCUGCCGCUGUUCCAGGCCAGCGCCUUUGCAUUUCUGGUUCCGGCCAAAGCCAUCCUGGCCCUGGAGAGAUGGAAAUGCCCUCCGGAAGAGGAGAUCUACGGUAACUGGAGUCUGCCCCUGAACACCUCGCAUGUCUGGCACCCACGGAUUCUGGAGGUCCAAGGUGCAAUCAUGGUGUCCAGCAUGAUAGAGGUGGUAAUUGGGUUGAUGGGACUGCCUGGGGCCCUGCUCAGCUACAUCGGGCCGCUCACGGUCACCCCCACUGUCUCCCUCAUUGGCCUCUCUGUCUUCCAAGCUGCUGGCGACCGAGCUGGCUCCCACUGGGGCAUCUCGGCUUGCUCCAUUCUCCUGAUCGUCCUCUUCUCCCAGUACCUGCGCAACCUCACCUUCCUGCUGCCUGUCUACCGCUGGGGCAAGGGCCUCACGCUCUUCCGCAUCCAGAUCUUCAAGAUGUUUCCUAUCGUGCUGGCCAUCAUGACCGUGUGGCUGCUCUGCUACGUGCUGACGCUGACGGACGUGCUGCCCGCGGACCCGGCCGUCUACGGCUUCCAGGCACGAACCGACGCCCGCGGGGACAUCAUGGCGAUCGCGCCCUGGAUCCGCAUCCCUUACCCCUACAAAGCUUCGCUCCAGCUUCAGGACUCUGAGCGGCCCAGAUGCGCUCCGUCAGGCAAUCCUCUCACCUCUGCCUCCCAAAGUGCUAGGAUUAUAGACUUGAGCCACUGCACUCGGCCAAAAGUAUCUGUUUCACGGAGCUGUUUUGCAAAUGAAGUGAGCUCAUGGUGGCUCAAGUGGGACCAUGAUGCCCACUGGCCAUUGGUCUGUUCCACAGGCAUUCCUGAAGUGGAUCAGAUUCUGACUGUGCUGCUGACGACGGAGAUGUUUGUGGGCGGGUGCCUUGCUUUCAUACUCGACAACACAGUGCCAGGGAGCCCAGAGGAACGUGGUCUGAUACAGUGGAAAGCCGGGGCUCAUGCCAACAGUGACACUUCUAGCAGUCUCAAAAGCUAUGACUUCCCCAUUGGGAUGGACAUGGUAAAAAGGAUUGCCUUUCUGAAAUAUGUUCCUAUCUGCCCAGUCUUCAAAGGAUUUUCUUCAAGGACAAAAGAUCAGCUUCCAGUUCCAGAAGACACUCCAGAAACUACAGAAACUGGGUCCGUGUGCACCAAGGUCUGAAAAAAUUUCUUCCAGGAAAGGAAGCAUGGUAUAUAACAGGAAAAGAAAACUACUGGGGAGCCAGAAGACCUAAGUCUGAAACCCCAGCUCUGCCUCUAACUUCUAUGUAAGCUUAGAGAAGUCACCUUCUUUGGGAUUCUUUUUUUUUUUAAAGGGAGAAAUGAGCCAAAAUCUCUAAGAGCCUUAGAGACUUGUAUCAACAGUGUUCUGUCUCUAACUCUUUACUGUCCCGAGUAGACCUGUGAGUGUACAAGAAGAAUAGCUGAAAAUUUCCCUUGAUCACAUUUUAGAUUGCAAGUUAGUAAAGACGAAAAGAAAUCAGGGCCUGAAGUGCAGGCAUGCUGGCAGGCUUUUACAGUGAAUUUGACCCUACAUUAUUUUACUUUAAGACCAAUGCAUAACAUUAAACAGCAUGUUGGAGCAAUAAUUUUACUUUUGUAAUUUGUACACAGUAAUUUCCUUGGUCAGGAUAUAUUCUACCUUCCACCAAGGGAAAUGUACCUACACUCCAGAAGUGUGAAAAUUUUUUUUUAAAAGCAGUGUUCUUAAAUGUACAAUCUUUUGGCAAGUACAGAAAAAUAAGAAUGAAGCAAAGCAAAUAAAGCAAAUAGACAAACUAGUUUCUGUACUACGUCUAGAUUAAAGUUAUACAUUAUGCCCAGCUUUACUCAGCAGGGCAACCAGGAUUAUUUGUGGUGUGACUUAAUGGAGCCAUAAGCAAGCAUGACCCUACACUGUUCAGAUCAUACAUCUGGCUCAAUUGGGUUACCUCAUUACUGCAGCAAAGGCUAUAUCGCAACAUAAACUUCAAUGCUCUCUACAUCAUUCAUUUUUUUUUUUUUUGAGUUGGAGUCUAAUUCUGUUGCCCAGGCUGGAGUGCAGUGGCAU